AUUGAUUGGCUACACUGGCCCCCCAGCUGACACGGCUGGCUGUCAAUCACUGGGCGCGGAGUCUUUUGAUGUUAGCCGGUCGCCUUUGCGUCUGUACACAACUGAAUGGUCCCAGUUCAUUGACGUAGGACGUAGAAAGAAAGUGGAGUCAACUUGAAACGGUUUCGCCGCGAUUUUUUUUCCCGUGGAUUUUUAUACCCGGCCGUACAAUGCCACAGCAGCCCAGCCGUAGUGGUGAAGACGAUGGGCCACCAGAUGAGACCAAAACCUACCAUACCGAAGGAGAACAGGAAGAAAAAAUCAACGAAAAUGCCGUUGGAGUACGCGAAUCCUUCGAUCACCUGAAUGAUGUCAAAUCGAGCCUUGUGAACGAAGGCGAAUCGGCGAGCAGCUCCACCAAACCAAACACAACUUCACAGAGGAAUAAACGGUUAGGACCAAGCGAGUAUGUGGACUCGAUCACAAGUAGUAAAGACGCACGAGUUAAAAAACUACAUGGACUCCCCGUUGGCGAAGGCAGCAAAGCGGAGCAUUUCCAUGAUAUUGCACGGUUUGCAGCUUAUAGCAACCUGGCGAUCAUCGCUGGGGGUUACCACCCAAAUGGCUCCAUGGUACCCGGCUCUUCGGUACGCACCCUUAAACGGGGUCAGCGGCUUCGGCGUGGCCGUAAAAAUGUCAAGGAACAACCUUCCCCGGAUCUGCACUCUCUCUGCCAGUCAAACAAGACCCGCUGA